GCUUGUAAUGUCUAAUUUGUAGGUAAACAUAACAAAAUGGCGGAAACAUUUUCUUACCGAAACAGCAUUUCCACGUUUCAUGCAAUUACCUGGUCAAAAGAUAACCGUAUUGCAUUUUGUACGGACAAUUCCAUUAACUGUUUAACUCUGUCUCCAGAUGUGACCAUAGCCAACACCAAACCAAGGUUUGUACAGACUCUAAUCCCAUCAGAGAAAGAGGUAUGGGACAUUCCACAGUACAGCAUUGACGACCACAUCAAGUUUAUCAACCAUCUUCCCAGAGAAUUGUUCUCGGAAAUGUCUGCUGAUGCUGUGAUGAACCCAUUUGAGCAUUUUCAUGACUCGGUUGCCAGGCGAGGGUUCAAGCAGUGCGUCUGGUCACCUCUUGGCAUGGAUCCACUGGAAAGGUCCAUCCUGGCCACUCUGUCCCAUGAUCACAGGCUGUGCAUAUUCUCCCAGAUGGACUCAUUCAUCAAAUGGCAAAAGGUAGCAGAGCUUUCCCUGCUUCGUUGCGAGGGAAUCCCACCUCCGGACUCGUGUCGUGAGACUGCCAAUUAUGAGAAGUACAGAGACUGGUGUUACUCACAUAUCUCAACAGCGGUCGACUGGUAUGACUGUUUGGUCCCCGGCUCUGACCCUGUCAAGAAGUGUGCGCUGUUAGCGUCUGGAAUGUACACUGGUAGAUUGGUCCUGUGGAGGAUUGACACACCUCUCAGGGACAAGUCAGGCUGCUCCAUUAUCCAAGAGGUAGACUCAGUGCACACAAAACAAGUCAAGUGUAUGAAAUGGGCCCCAGACAUAGGUGCCUUGGCAGUGGCCUAUGUUGAUGGACGUGUGUACCUACUGACCUUUGACCUUCGUUGCUAUGACAGUUUCACUAUCCGGCCUCGCACACUGUGUAUUCAUGGCGACUCAGACUUGAUGCCUGUCUCCAGCAUGAUAUAUCUACCUCAGAAAAACGAAAGCUACUGGUUGCUAGUCAACAAAGAGCAGUAUUACUUACUCUACCUCCUACAACAUGAUGGUAACCACGGUGAUGUGAAGGUCACCUACUCCAGUCAUCUGACCCUAGACUGUGGGCUGCAUUCUGCAGGUGUGUUUGUGCUGGAUAGCAACAUUGUGGUGACCAUAUCAGUAGAUGCAGCCAUCAACAAGAUACUUCUUUACACUGAAACACAAGGUAUCAGCAUUGAUGCAGACACUGAAACACAAGGUAUCAGCAUUGAUGCAGACACUGAAACACAAGAUUCAAAAGUUGAGACUGUAGCCUAUCAACUGUCCACAGACAACAAACACCUGUGUUUAGGGGCGUGUAUUUCACCUAAUAAACUCAUGGUGGCCUAUGUAUGUAGACCUAGGCCAGGUUUCGACCAUUUAGCAGAUAUCACCAAGAGACGAUAUACUUAUGUCACUCUCAAAUGGAUUGAAGAGGCAAAUCUAGAGUCCCCUAACAAUGUUCACUGCAUUGAUCGUCUUCUAGAUAUAUCAGUAUCUCUAGGAGAGGCAGACAUACUAGAGAGGUACAGGCAGUCACUUUUUGUUCCUGACCUCAAUGUGACCUUGACCUUACUUGAUGAGAGGGCAAGGUCUUCUCGUCAUGGAGAUGGAGAUUCCUUGCUGCAGUCUGAAUUGAGAGUUCUUCAGCUGAAACGGUACAACUGCCUUGUGAUGACAAAUUGUCUACGUAAUAAAAUACUAGCUCAGUUGUCACCAUUAGAUCGUGAUAAAGAGAAACUAGCGUCCCAAGAGGCCCUUUUAUCCCAGUUCACAAGGCAUGCAGUAGCUCUGCAUUGCAUACAGAGUCUUCAGAACUAUGUAAAGGGAAAUAACUCAAAUCAAGAUCAUCACAGAGUAGCAGCAUUGAUGCUUCAGUACAUUGAGAAACACUCAACACUUUUGAGUGAUAGAUUGAGGCAGGAGACAGCGGUACUUCACAAGUCCGUGGAGACCAGGGCAAACAGAGAGGCCCAGGCUGUCAAAUGUGCAAUAUGUGCAGCUAAUCUGACACUGACUGAUACGUUUACUUGGCAGUGCUCCGGAGGCCACACUUUAGCCACCUGCCCAAUGACGAUAUUGCCAUGUGAGCUGGUGGAUUACAUCACGUGUAGCACGUGCAAGGCAGCAGUCCAACAUCCUGACGUCAUCAGAAGUUUCCCCUGGAUCGCCGGAAACGCCUAUCGCUGUAGUCUUUGCGAGGAACGCUUGGCGGUUACGUGAUGUUAAAUGUCGUCGGUGCGACGAACGCAUGGCGGUCACGUGAUGCCAAUGUCGCCUUUGCCAGGAACGCUUGGUGGUCACGUUAUGUCAAUAUCGUAAGUGCGAGGAACGCUUGGUAGUCAUGUGAUGUCAAAUGUCGUCAGUGCGAGGAACGCUGUGGUCACGUGAUGUCAAAUGUCUGCUGUGUCUGUGUUGUACUGUGACAUUUGUCUUAUAUCGGUUCGAUUCCUUUUUGUGUUACUGACAACGUCCACGUAUUAAAGGACUGUAUGUUUUUAACGUAAUGGAAAUAAAUAUGACGUUUCUUCAA